GCAAGAAAGUGGUAACCGAGGUGCUGAGCAUUUUACUAUUGAACUAACAGAGGAGAAUUUCCGAAGACUUCAAGCUGAGCAUGAUAGACAGGCAAAAGAGUUGUUUCUCUUGAGAAAAACCUUGGAAGAAAUGGAGCUGAGAAUAGAAACCCAGAAACAGACGCUGAAUGCCAGAGAUGAAUCCAUCAAGAAGCUUCUAGAAAUGUUGCAAAGCAAAGGGCUGCCAUCCAAAGGGAUGGAUGAUGAAAACGAAAGAACUCGAAGGAUGGCAGAAGCGGAAUCUCAGGUUAAUCAUUUAGAAGUGAUCUUAGACCAGAAAGAGAAGGAAAACAUCCAUCUCAGAGAGGAACUGCACCGAAGGACACAACUUCAGCCUGAGCCAGCAAAGACAAAAGCUCUUCAAACAGUCAUAGAGAUGAAGACACAACCAUCUUUAUAUAUUGAUCCUGCUGUGGUAUUUCAGGACACAAAAAUAGCUUCCCUGGAACGUAAUAUCAGAGAUCUCGAAGAUGAAAUACAGAUGUUGAAGACAAAUGGAGUUCUGAACACAGAAGAUCGAGAAGAAGAGAUCAAACAAAUAGAAGUUUACAAGAGUCAUUCCAAGUUCAUGAAAAAUAAGAUUGACCAACUGAAGCAGGAGCUUUCAAAGAAAGAAUCAGAACUUCUUGCCUUACAAACUAAGCUUGAAACCCUUAGCAAUCAGAAUUCAGAUUGCAAGCAACAUAUAGAAGUGCUUAAAGAGUCACUUACUGCCAAAGAACAGAGAGCUGCCAUACUUCAGACAGAGGUUGAUGCCUUGAGAUUACGUUUAGAAGAAAAAGAAAGUUUUCUUAAUAAAAAAACCAAACAACUGCAAGACCUCACAGAAGAAAAAGGAACUCUAGCUGGAGAAAUUCGAGAUAUGAAGGACAUGUUAGAAGUUAAAGAAAGAAAAAUUAAUGUUCUACAAAAAAAGAUUGAAAAUCUUCAGGAGCAACUUAGAGAUAAAGACAAGCAACUAACUAAUUUGAAAGAUCGGGUGAAAUCACUACAGACAGAUUCCAGUAACACAGAUACAGCUCUAGCUACCCUGGAAGAAGCCCUCUCUGAAAAGGAGAGAAUUAUAGAGCGAUUAAAGGAGCAGAGGGAGAGAGAUGACCGUGAAAGAACUGAAGAGAUUGAAUCCUUCAAAAAAGAAAACAAAGACCUGAAAGAAAAAGUUAAUGCUUUGCAAGCAGAGCUGACAGAGAAAGAGUCUAGCUUAAUUGACCUCAAAGAACAUGCAUCAUCAUUGGCUUCAGCAGGGCUGAAAAGAGACUCCAAAUUAAAGGCUUUAGAAAUAGCCAUAGAGCAAAAGAAGGAAGAGUGUAGUAAGCUAGAAGCACAACUGAAAAAGCAAGCUGAACAAUUGUUCAAUCAGAUGUACAAUCCCGCUCACGAAGCUGAGGAAGAAGCUCGGAAGAAUCCUGAAUUUGCUGAUCGAAUGAAGCAGCUUGACAAAGAGGCUUCCUACUAUAGGGAGGAAUGUGGUAAAACCCAAGCCGAAGUGGACAGGCUCUUAGAAAUCCUCAAAGAAGUAGAGAAUGAAAAAAAUGACAAAGAUAAGAAAAUUGCUGAGCUGGAAAGACACAUGAAGGAUCAAAACAAGAAGGUGGCCAAUCUGAAGCACAAUCAACAAAUAGAAAAGAAGAAGAAUGCCCAGUUGCUAGAAGAAGUUCGGAGGCGUGAAGACAAUUUGACAGACAAUGCUCAGCAUUUGCAGUUAGAAGAACUACGAAAUGCACUGGAUAAGACCAGGCAAGAACUAGAUGCCACUAAAGCUCGCCUUGCCUCAACACAGCAGUCUCUGGGUGAGAAAGAAGCACAUCUGGCCAAUUUAAGACUAGAACGGAGAAAACAGUUAGAGGAGAUCCUGGAAAUGAAACAGGAAGCAUUGCUUGCUGCCAUUAGUGAAAAAGAUGCAAACAUUGCCUUGCUUGAGCUGUCUGCUUCAAAGAAAAAGAAAACGCAGGAAGAAGUGAUGGCUUUGAAAAGAGAAAAAGACAGAUUGGUCCAUCAGCUAAAACAACAGACUCAGAACAGAAUGAAACUGAUGGCAGACAACUAUGAUGAUGACCAUCAUCACUACCACCACCAUCACCACCACCACCAUCACAGAUCUCCUGGAAGAACACACUCCAAUCAUAGACCCUCUCCAGAACAGGAUGAUGAGGAAGGCAUAUGGGCAUAACCGGUUCCUAUAAACCAAAGUUCCAGUUUUGUUUUGAAAGGCUGUCUAAUUUCUCCCUGGAAGGAAAGCAGCUGUUCAGUGAUUGAAACAUGAAGAAAGAUGUGUUGGAAUCAGAUAAGCAUUACUUCCAAA